AUGUCCGACCCUCCGUUUACGGUCAAGGCUCUUUUUGAAUAUACAUCAGAGCAUGAAGAUGACCUUCAUUUCUCAAUUGGCCAGGUGAUCACUGUCACCGCAGUGGAGGAUGCAGAUUGGUUCUUUGGGGAAUAUGUGGACGAUUCCGGCUUGAAGCAAGAGGGUAUUUUCCCUCGCAAUUUUGUCGAGAGAUAUGAGCCCACAGCUCCUCCAAGGCCAAGCCGUCCUGUAAAAGCGAAAAGGGAGGCAGAUCCGGUUCCUCCACCAGCACAACCUGCGCCCGAGACAACAUCAGCUGCGAAAGAGGUUGAGGAUGAGCCCACUCAAGAGGAGGAACCAGAGCCAGCGGUUGAAGUGCCAAAAGUGAAGGCUGCACCAUUACCGUCACCGCCUCCUCCGGCUCCUGCGGCAAAAGCUCCUCCACUGGCUGUCUCGACCAAGCCCAGUUCUAAUGCCUUCAGAGAUCGUAUUGCUGCAUUCAACAAACCUGCUGCGCCUCCAAUUGCUCCCUUCAAACCGGGCGGCGCAAGUUCCAAUUCCUUCAUAAAGAAGCCGUUCGUGGCGCCUCCUCCAAGCAAAAAUGCAUAUGUCCCGAUACCACGAGAACAACCACCUCCAAAGGUUUACCGUCGCGAAGAAGACCCGGAAAUUGCCAAUAGGGAGCGCCCGGCAUCUGAACAUUCGGUUACUUCCCCUCCAGCUACCGAGCCAGCUCAAGACGAAGACCAACCGAAACCGACUAGUCUUAAGGAGAGAAUUGCCUUACUGCAAAAACAGCAAUUGGAACAGGCAUCUCGUAUGGCUGAGGCUGCGCAGAAGAAAGAAAAGGCAAAAAAACCACCCAAGAAACGAACUGAUGUUCAAGAAGCUCCACCAGUUCCAGCGGCCGCUAGUGAAGGUACAGAGCUGGAGCACGCGGAAAACCUUGAAACGCCUCGCGGUGAGCGCCCAUCGUUUGAAGGUGAAGGCGCGGGAGAUAUCCGGCCUUCGCAUCUGGCUUCUCCUCCUCAGCCUUCUCGGGAGCUUAUGAGUGAUACAAAUGAUGCGGAUUACUCAGGCGCUGCUGACACUGAGGAUGCUGAAGAAACUUCGACAAGCAAGGAAGAUGUCGAUGAGAGACCACGGUCGCAAAAGCAUGCUGUGCAGGAACAUCCAGCGGCUGAUAGUGAUAACGAAGCUGCAGCAGAAGACGACGAUGAGGAAGAGGAAGAAGUUGAUCCGGAAGUCAAGAGGAGAAUGGAACUUAGGGCGCGUAUGGCUAAAAUGAGCGGUGGCAUGGGUAUGAUGGGUAUGUUUGGGGGUGGUAUGAGCAUGCCCUCCGGUGCCAGGAAGGUGAAGCCUGCCGAAGAGGUUGGAAGACACCCAGAAGAAUCAGAAGGUCCGAGGUCCCCUACAUACGCACCUCCCGUACCAAUCAUGGCUUUGCCUGGUAUGAACGUUCAAAGACCUCCUCCAGUCUCGUCGCCAAAUGAAGUUGAGAAGGAAGAUGAAAACGAUAACGUGCCUGUGACCCAGCUUCAUUCCCCAGAAGAGCUACCAGAUGUCGAGGACCUAGUAGAAGAACCUCGUAAGACGGUGGACAGGACUCCUCCACCUCCUCCGCCGCAAGAACGCGCUGUCCCUCACCUACCUUCUGCAGAGAGCAGGCCUCUCCCACCACCUGUCCCUGGAUCACAACCGGGACCACCUCCCCCGGCUCCAGAACCACGACAUUCCGCCGUGCCUCCCAGGCCUCCUACGUCUCCUAGCCCUGGCUCCGAGUCGGAUGAUGAGCUUUCGGUUCAUACUAAAAAUUUGUCCCUGAACUCAACGUUGGCACAAACAGCAGCGCCUGACACUCCACCACCGCCCCCUCGCCGCUCAUCAACGUAUGACUCUGUCAGAUCCCCUACCUUGUCGGAAAAGAGGUUCAGUCGUGGGCCUCCUCCGAUUCCUACCAACCCUCCCCAGCCUUCCUCUCCACCACAGGCUCGACCACCUCCACCUCCUCCUCCUGGGAUACUAUCUCGACAAAGCACAUCGGACAAUAGAUAUAGCCUUAUCCAGUCACCAAUUCCUAGAGGCGAUGACAUCCAAGACGAGACUACGGAGUAUGAAGCAGACUAUGACACUGAUAUUCCUCCCACGGCCAAACAUAAGGAUGCAAUCAGAUCACAUGGUCGGGAAUCUAGUAUCGAAGAUGCAGGCGACGAUCUAUCACCUCAAUCUCCUCGAGCUCCACCACCCCUUCCGCCGACAGCUCCACGUGCAGUUCCUCCUCCUCCUCCGCCUAAUCAACCGCCUAAUAAACGGGCAUCGAUGGAUGUUCCACGAUCAGCACCACCCCCACCACCUCCUGUAAAAGACCUGGCUACUGAGGAAGAGGAAGAGGAAGAUGACGAUGAAUACGAUCCGUACCGGUACGACUCUGGUCGCCCUAGCGUACCUCCUUUACCUUCGAAUCCUCCACCUCCGCCGCGAAGAGAAGAGUACGAUGGUCACGAUGAUAGCCCUGUUUCCUUACCCCAGGGUCCUCCACCUCCGCCUCCUGAAAGGGCAGUUGCUCCUCCACCUCCACCACCUGAGAAAUCUGGACCUCCACCUCCGCCAGCAACUGAGCCUCCUCGUUCCCGACAGAGUCUUGAUAUUUCUAGGGCCAUGCCUAACAUGCGCCGAUCAAUGGAUAUUCAGCGCCCCUCUGUGGAUAUGGGUUAUAUCGCGACAGACGUGGACCUUGCGGAAAGCACAUUCUGGUGGACCCAACCAAACAUACCUCCUCCCGUGUUCCAGAACCGUAAGGAUGUAUUGUUCGAGAUUGAAGAGUCAACGUCAACCAAACGCGGUGGAAAGACCAUGGUUAAUAAGGAUGUCUAUGUUCUAUUCGCAGACUAUUCUCAGACAAUCAUCAACGUUCGGUUUGACGCAAAGAACCCAAGCGAUGUAUCAUUUGAGCAGCGACAUGAAGCACCCCCUAACAAACUUCGGCAAGACCAGCUAGAGGCCGCACACGAAAGAUUUGGUAGCAAAAUCUCGACUGCCGCCAACUCAGUGCAAAAUACAACGGUUGGCGACGGUACAUCCUACGGUCUCAUCCAGCACUUGCUUUCACCGCUCAAUGACGUGCUUCUACCGGUGGGCACGCGGUCCUACGGUGCUUUGGUCUAUGCCAAUCUGGCCAAUGCAUCUGUUCAGCAACACGAUGAGAUUCGAGCCGGUGAUAUAAUCAGCUUCCGCAAUGCACGAUUUCAGGGUCAUAAAGGUGGACUUCAUCAAAAGUACAGUGCCGAAGUAGGCAAGCCCGACCACGUCGGAGUCAUUGUCGAUUGGGACGGAACUAAGAAGAAGAUUCACGCAUGGGAGCAAGGCCGUGAAAGCAAAAAAGUCAAGCCCGAGAGUUUCAAGCUGGGUGAUCUCAAGAGCGGAGAAGUCAAAGUCUGGCGAGUUAUGCCUCGAAGCUGGGUUGGAUGGGAUGAUAAAUAAUCUCCCAUUCUGGAGAUUUUGUUUAUAUUUGUGUAAGUAAAGCGAGUGCAGUCAAUCGAGCUCGGGACUGUUUGUACACUGUCUUCAGAAGACAUUGGGUCUCCUCAUUCCUACGUGUCAUUUUGUUGGUCAAUGUGCCCCCUCUCCGAGCUUUAUCCUCAUUUCUAUAACGUACAAUGAUGUUUCAAUUCUUUUGUUAUUCUUGAUGAUAAUGUGCUUGUCUACCCACCGUUUCUGUCGGUUUCCGUUCUAAUUACAUGAUUGCGCUUCUUUAUACAAAGUCCAGUAUCGAGUCUUCUGUAUGCAUAAUCUUGUACCUAAUGCAUAUACACCUGCGCAUUGCAGUUUCUUCUCUC